UUUUCCCUUUCUCCUCCCUUUCCCUCCCCUCUCGCGAACGAUCGUCACCCUCCUACCCUUCGUUUCUGGCCCCCAUAAGCAGCCGUCUCUUUGGAGGCGCCGUUACUCCACCGUGCCUUGGAUCACUCUCCCGUGCCGUGUGUACACACUGUCUUCACUUCUGCGCGGAAGAUUAUCGAACCGAGAAGGGUGUAAUCUUAUUUCCUUCCCCCCCACCUUCUUAUCGGCGGAGAUUGUAAGUUUGUCCUGGCGUUGAGAACGUCGGGCCACACAACGCCGACAGCGAAAGCGCCGUGGAUGCAGCCCACCUUUUGUUAUACCGAGACCCAAGUUCGCCGUUGUUCUGCCUGGUCUGAGCGAGAGCCCGUGCACCGUGAUUGUUGGACCCUGAGCGAGUAUUCCUGGCUCGUCUGUAAACAGAUAAAAUGCUGCAUAUGGUGAAAAUCCCACGGCAGAGUGCCGUGAAGCACACAGUCGCUCGCCAAUGGGCGAGAUGGCAGGCCUCGAGCAGCAAGGCGGUGGCUAUUCGGCGCGAGGAUACCUCCUUGUGGGAACGAAGGGCACCUCUGGCGCCCCACCACGUUCGCGCCCUCACCAAGAAUGGAGUGAAAGUUUACAUCCAGCCCUCCAACAGACGGGCCUACCCGAUACAGGCGUACGUGAACGCCGGCGCAGAAAUGCGUGAAGACAUCUCGGACGUUCCGGUCAUCAUCGGUGUGAAACAGGUUCCCAUCGAUCAGCUGUACCCGGAGAAGACGUACGCCUUCUUCUCGCACACCAUCAAGGCUCAAGAGGCCAACAUGCCCAUGCUGGAUGUCAUCCUGGAAAGAGGCAUCCGGCUGAUCGACUACGAGCGCAUGUGCGACAGCAACGGGCAACGUGUGGUGGCCUUUGGAAAGUACGCGGGAAAGGCUGGAAUGAUUAACAUUCUACAUGGCCUGGGUCUCAGACUCCUGGCCCUCGGACACCAUACACCUUUUAUGCACAUAGGUCCAGCCCACAACUACAGGAACAGUGGCAUGGCAAAACAGGCAAUUAGAGACGCAGGGUAUGAGAUUGCUCUUGGGAUGAUGCCACGCUCUAUUGGACCCCUAACCUUUGUUUUCACUGGAACAGGCAAUGUGUCCCAGGGAGCACAAGACAUCUUCCUAGACUUGCCCUGCGAGUGGGUGGACCCGAAAGACCUGCCUGAAGUCGCCGAACAAGGAUCAAUGAACAAGGUGUACGGAACUGUGGUGAGCAGGGACGACCACUAUAGACGGAUCGAGGAUGACAAGUAUGACCCUGAGGAUUGUGAACAGCAUCCAGAGAAUUACUACUCAACCUUCUCAAAGGAUAUCGCCCCAUACGCGUCUGUGAUUGUGAAUGGCAUCUACUGGGCAGUGAACUCACCGAAGCUGCUGACCAUCCCAGAUGCAAAGAAGCUCCUGCAGCCUACGAACUUGCCAUGGCUGCCCAGCAGUGCUGGGGCCCCAAGUCUACCUCAUCGGCUGCUCGCAAUCUGCGACAUCAGUGCAGACCCUGGGGGUUCGAUUGAAUUCAUGAAUGAGUGCACUACCAUAGAUGCUCCCUUUUGCCUCUAUGACGCGGACCAGCACAAGAACUCUGAGAGCACAGCAAAAAAGAGCUGUUUUGCCGGACCAGGUGUUCUUGUUUGUUCUAUCGACAACAUGCCCACCCAACUUCCCCUUGAAGCAACUGAUUAUUUUGGCAAGCUUCUUAUGCCAUACAUUUAUGAAAUUGUGAACUCUGAUGCAACAAAGCCAUUGUCAGAGCAUAAGAUGUCGUCUGUCGUAGAAGGCGCAAUUAUUGCUUCUGAGGGCAAGCUUACACCAAACUACGAGUACAUUGAAGAACUAAGAAGAACGUCAAGGUCAAGGAUGAAGGCAGUAAGUGCGACGGCUGUACAAGCAAAGAAAGUGCUCGUACUAGGUGCAGGUUAUGUAUCCGCUCCAUUGGUGGAGUACCUCACAAGAGACGAUAACGUACACGUUACAAUAGGAACAGCAUUCCAGAAAGAAGGUGAAGCAUUAGCUAGGAAGACGCCAAACACUGACUUUGCAGUAGUAGAUGUCUCACGAGCACCCGAUGCCCUUCAGAACCUCAUCAAAGAUUCCGACCUGGUCGUCAGCUUGCUACCAUACCCUCUUCACCCUACCAUAGCACAGCAUUGUAUUGUGCAUCAAAAAAACAUGUUAACAGCGAGCUACCUGACACCACAAAUGAAGGACCUACAUAAUGCGGCGGUGGAGGCCAACAUAACUGUAAUGAACGAAGUAGGUCUCGACCCCGGCAUCGACCACUUGCUCGCAGUGGAACUCUUUGAUGAAGUUCGCAGUAAAGGUGGAAAAAUUCUAUCAUUUGUUUCGUACUGUGGUGGGCUACCUGCACCUGAAAAUGCUGAUAAUCCACUGAGAUACAAAUUCAGCUGGAACCCGAGAAGUUCCCUCAUUAACACCAUGGGCUGGGCAAAGUACCUGCAAGACAACAAGGAGAUGGAAGUGCCCGCAGGAGGCGGCCUCCUUGACAGUGUCAAAGAUAUAGGUUUUCUCCCUGGAUUUAAUCUCGAGGGCUAUCCAAAUCGGGAUUCCCUGGUUUACAAGAGCAUCUACGGAAUCAACAAUGCUCACACCGUGCUACGAGGCACCUUGAGAUACAAGGGAUUCACAACAGCCAUGAAAGGACUUCUUGAAAUGGGCCUCCUCAGUGAUGAACCACAUCCCAGCCUUCAUCCAAAGGGGCCAGAGAUUACAUGGCGUCAAUUUCUAUGCACAUUGAUGGGACAACAAGAUGACAUCCUCGCAUCAAAUGCCAAAAACUUGGUGCACGAAAAAGUGGGAAAAUGUGACCUGAAGACGAAGGCUAUAGAAGACCUUGGACUAUUGGAGGACACGCCAGUGGAAAAGAAAAACACCCCACUUGACACAUUGACUUUCCAUCUAUCCAAUAAGUUGGCCUAUGAACCUGGAGAGAGGGACAUCGUGAUCAUGAGGCAUGACGUUGGAAUUCAAUGGCACAACGAGAAGAAGGAGGUACGUCACAUUGACAUGGUGACAUAUGGAGAUCCGAAUGGUUACUCUGCAAUGGCGAAGACAGUUGGCUAUCCUGCAGCUAUUGCUGCCAAGAUGAUCUUACAAGGAGAAAUACAAGCAAAAGGAAUGUUGCUGCCUUUUGCUCCAGAAAUCUAUGCCCCCAUGUUGCAGAGGCUAAAGAACGAAGGCAUCCGAUAUUCCGAGAGGACGACCAAGAUUUCGUCGUAAAUUUAUCCUCCAGCUUAAGGGGCUGUGUACAUAUUGGUUUAAGAGGACCUCUUUUGUAAUUGUACAUAUGUCAGCUUUUAGUACAUUGUUUGAACAUAUGAGCUCAUAUAUUAUAUUCUUGAUUCCGAAACAUAAUAAAUUUAUUUCUCAACAAUA